ACCUGUCAUGGGAUCGCGGACGGCGGCGAUAAUGAUGGGGACUCGGAGCUGGAGAUCUGUUCUGGUGGCUUUUUUGUUGCUCGGUGCCUUCCCAAGUAUCGCGGGUGGACCUUUACAUGCACAGUGCAGGGUUGAAUGGACGUUUGGGAUUUCUUGUUAUACUGUGUAUCUGCAGCUAGUGAGCCAGAUAAAAGAAUGGAAAACUGCUGACAAUUGUGCAAAUGGAGGAGAAAAAUGCUUAUACACUCUAAAGUCUGCAAAUGAACAUUACAUUGUGGCUAAGCACACAACUCCAGUGCACAAGUAUGUCGAUGAUCUUACAUUCAAACUGACUUCCUCCUUGGAUAAGAAAUCCUGCUAUGUUUCUGGAUUCUCUGUUUCUGAACUAUGGUAUGCAGUCUUUGACCAUGGUACCAACUACUGCAACUUGCACAAUCUUAUUGAAGGUAGUGGCCUAGACAAAGUUUCAGGUUAUACUGAAUCAACAAACAACUUCAAGUGUACUCAGUAUUCCUCAGCCAACUGUACAAUUUACUAAAUGGAAUGUGCUUUAUUAACAAAAUCAUGAAGCUGCCGGAUGGUGUAUGACUCGGGGAUUUUUUAAAAACUUUUUUCCAAGACUUUGACUGAUUGCCUUCCUUUCAUCAAUAAUGCUAUCAAAGUACUGUGAGGUGCAUUGGGAAAGAAAUUAAAAUUCUUGGCACCAUAUUCAAUAGUAUCUGAACAUUCACCCAUUUUAUGAUUGGGCACUUAGUAAUUCAAGUACGAGUUACUUGACACUGUAACAAAAUGUUAAAAUGUACAGAGAAAUUAUUUGUCCAAAUUAUUAUUUUUGUAUUGUAUGAGAUUCAUCCUAACUUAUCAAUUGGUUCUUCCUUAUGCAUAUGGCAUCUUUGCUUGACUAUACCCCAACUUAUUCUGUUUUAACGCUCCUUCCCAUUACCAAUGUUUAAUUAAUUUACUAAACCACAUUAGUGCUCUUCUAAAAUUAAUAAUAUUCCCAGUAUAUUGCAUUGACCUGAGAUCUAAUUGUUUUUUUUCUUGGUGGUUUGCUAAAAAUAAUCCUAUUUGCUGGGAGAAAUACUACAUAGAAAUAUUACAUAUAGUUUUUCAUCUUAAUUAAAAUAUUGUUUUCUACUUUAAGCUGCCUUCCUAAGUAUAUCUUUAUAACUGGGGCUUUGCAUAAGCUUCAAAGCCAAACUUGUUGGGAAAUAUUUUGUGUAGGUUGUCUGAUCAAUAAGCCAAAGGAAUGCUGGUGAAAAAUGGGGAAUUCAUCAGCACUAUAUUCCUUCAUUAAUAUUGUUUCCAAACAUUGACAUCUCCAUUUUAAAUCAAAAUGUAAAGAAAGAAAGAUCAAGAUUAUUGCCUUGAUGUUUAAUCUGCCACCUGAUUUUUUUUAAAAACUGCUUAUGUACAUUAACAAUAUAUAGACUUUUGUAUAAUUGUAACACUGUCUUAUAACUCUGUGUUUUAACUAAUUUUUCUACUUGGUACUGUAAAUUUAAAUCCAUUUAAAUGUAUUUUGGAACUAAUUCUUUACCUCUAUUAAAUUGGUAACAACAAAUUUAACUGGAUUUGUUUAUUUUCUGUGACCAAACUGAGAUCAGACAUCAAGCCAUUUCAUUCCCUUACAAUGUAGCUUCUAACACAGUAGAACUGAAUAGGAAGUUGUGCUUGCUGUUACUAAGAUUGCCCUAAUACGACUGGCCAGAACAAUUAUUUUCCAUUUCUGCAAUGCAACAGUAAUCCUCAGUGAAAUGGAACCAAAGACCACCUUUAAGAUAUUAGAGUUCAAGUGUACUGCCUUGCAAUGCUGAAAUAUUUUGGUUUAGUUUAUUGGAGACUCCAUUAACCGCACUGAUUGAAGCAUUGAGCAAGAUUAAAAUUGUGGAGGAUGAGAGAGAAAAAUUAACAGGUGCUCAGCACUGUCUGCCUGUGUUUGACCUGCCUUCCUCUCCUCCCGCUACUACAAUUGAGCGGGAGGUGCAGGAGUCUUGGCUCUCACUUUGCCAGGUUUGGGAGCAGUUGUUGCCCUGCAGACAUCGGACUUCUGGACUGGCUUUGCUCGCCUCAGUGCUGAAUUGGCUCUGCAGCUGUGGACUCUGUUUCGGGGACUCUGCAGUUCAUGUUCCAUGUGUUUUGUUUACUUUUUCUUAUUAUUUGCGCGAUUUGUUCAAGUCACUUCAGCACUGAAAUCACCCAGCAGCUGCGGCCUGCAACCAUCAGCACUGGCCUCAUCGUUGAACUGGCUCCGUGGCUGUGGCUUGCAGCAAUCGGUUUCACUCACCUCAGCCUGGAACUGGCUCCGUGACCAUGGACUCACUUUCCGGGACUCUGCGGUUCAUGUUCAUGUCUGUGUGGUUUGUUCACUUUUCAAUUGUUUGCACAAUUUGGUCUUUUCCAGACGUUGGGUGUUCCAUGGUCUUUGUUGUGUGGGUUUUUUUAAUGGAGCUCCAUUGU